UGCAUUGCGUUCCUACUUGCAUACAUCAAGCCGAUGACGGGAACCCGAAAUGUUACUUGUCACGUUGGUGAAAUCGACGGUCCCAAGAGGGCACUAAUACAUGUUGACUCCCACGAUGGUGUGCACUCUACGGAGAUUGUCCUGGUGGGAUCGAGAAGCGAGGGGAAGUACUGGUGUGUUGAGUCUGUUUGUCCCCACAGCUCAGGACCUUUGCAUUUGGGGGACUUGGAAGACCUCGCCACGGACCCUUCUAUCAUAUGCCCCUGGCAUGCCUAUCGCUUCUCUCUCACAACGGGAGUCAGCCCGCAGUGUGAAUUGCACAAAGCUGGGACACUUCCUGUAGUGGUUGAAGGGGAUGAAAUCGUACUGUACCUGGAUCAAGGGAGCAAGGUCCGAUCCGUAAAACUUUUUGAAGUCCCAAGCAAGGAUAAGGAACGGCGAAGGCCACAAGCCCCUGCUCUAAAAAAUGUCCAAACAAGCCGAACUCUGGUGGAUUGGGCAAUAACAAUCUUGGAAACGCCGGAUCCAGCGGAGAAGGUGCGACUGACUCACAACGUUGCGGACCUAUGGAAGGCAAAUGCGAUUUUAGAAAUUGGUACAGGAACGCCUCCCGAGCGUCCCGCCAGGGAAGAGUAUCUAACCGAAGUGCUACCCGGCAAGACUCGUCGGUUAGGUAAGGGUGGCUCUGUCGAAAGUCGGGUGGCCAUUUUGCAUGCACUCGCAAACGUAGAGCAGUGGGCAAUAGACCUUGCCUGGGACAUUAUUGCACGGUUUGCUGGUUACAAAACACCCACGGGUGCCGACUUGCCGAGAGAUUUCUUCACAGAUUUUAUCAAAGUUGCGUCUGAUGAGGCCAAACAUUUUACGUAUUUGAAUGAGCGACUCGUUGCGCUUGGCUCGCGCUUUGGUGCAUUGUCGGUGCAUGGCGGAUUAUGGGACUCUGCAAUGGAUACCCAACACGAUAUUGGCUGUCGUCUGGCCAUCGUUCAUAUGGUUCAUGAAGCGCGCGGGCUUGAUGUAAAUCCACAGACAAUAGCAAAGUUUGCAAAAGCUGGUGAUGAGGAAUCAGUUGCAAAAUUGGAAAUUAUCCACUCGGACGAAAUCACACAUGUGGCUGCAGGUCAGCGAUGGUUCUCCUGGUUUACAUCUGAAAACGGCCUGGACCGCUACAUACAUUUCCAUGCGAUCGUAAGAAAAUAUUUCCGUGGCUUGUUAAAGCCGCCAUUUAAUGAAGAGGACAGACUGCGUGCCGGAUUGGAUCCUCAAUAUUAUAAACCGCUCUCAGAGCGGCCAAUCUAAUACAUUUUCAAAUAAGACUGCCGCUUUCCUUCACCCAA